CGGCAGCGCCCAAGCGCGUCGUCGGACAGUCUCAUGGUGUUCGUCUCGUUUGAAGGGUUCCUCGGUGCCGUUCCAGGUGUGGCCGAUGCGCCAGCCCUUGAGGUUGUUGUGACCCCGGGCUCGCCACCCAAACAGUCGAUGACCCAACGACGACGGGGGUCCCCGCUCAAGUCCGUCAACGCGCAGUACGUGGUGUUUGUCCAGGACAAAGCUGUCACCGGAUCGACGUACGCGUUGCGGAAGACUCAUGUCGAGAUCGCAGCACUCCAUGAUGCAAUCCGUACCUGUAUCCGCGAACACCCGUGCACAAUCUUUGCAUGUUGCGGGCCGCUCCGGCGGCUUGCAAAGAAAUCGUCGCGGCCGCCGGCGCCAUCCAUGAAGCUAAAGCUCUUCGACGACGGGUCGUCCUGUGACAUCAAAGUCGACGCCGCGUGCACCCAACGCACGUGGGUCGUCGAAACAUUCGUCAACGACUUGUUGCAUGCCACCACCGGUCGUGAUGCCGACUGUGCUGCCGUCGAUCGCGCACGGCAGAUGCUCCAUCUCUUUCUCGACAUUCCGCCUCGUCGCCACAGCUAUGUCGUUGAAGCUCUGCGCGAACUGCAGCACCAGCAACGCACUGGCCACAUGCGAAAACAGACCCAACCACCGCCAUCGUCGACUCCGUUGUGCUUCAAAACGCAUGAAGUGAGUGCAUGCUGCCCGAUAUGCCUCAUGUCUGCCGCAUCACAACAGCCAGACGAAGCCAGCGAUGCCACAAACGACAUCGUCACGUUUGGCUGCGGCCACUCGUUCCACCCUUCUUGCGUCCAGACGUGGUUAGUCAUCCAUCUCGUAUGUCCUGCGUGUCGAAUGCCGGUAGCGACUUGCCCCCCCCGCAUCGUGGACCUUGUCGAGACCACCCCCAGCAUCCCUUCGGACGACCAUGGCACUCAGUGGAGUUCAUGCCGUUAAUGUAUCCAAGUAACCCACGAAUCGCUUCCUUUCCGGUGGGCUGGACGGCGCUCAACCCGCCGAACGACGUGGAUACGAUAGGGGUGUGUUAUCUUUUAAUCGGGGCUUUCCUCGGCUGGUUCGGGUCAUCUUCCUCGUAGUACGACGUCCCGUACGCGAGGAAGAACUCAUGCAUGGGCUCGACGGGCUUCCACGUGACGAGGUAGAGCUGGUCGAGGACGAUCUUGCUCUCGGGCUUGGACGGGUCGACGAUGCACCCCGGGCACAGGAUCGUGUUGUUGUAAAACCCGCUGGCGUCCCAGUAAUACUCCUCGGGGUACUCGUACACGCGGUCGUUGGGGAAGCCCCCCAUGGAGCCUUCUGCAUCAACCAGACCGUCGUACUCGAUGAGGCGAUGGCCGUACUGCUCUUUGAACUUGUCGACUUCCUUCACCUCGCCAUUCACAACGACAAAGGUCUCGCCCAAUUCGCCACACCGUGCGACUUUGUUUAACCCGUCAUGGUGCAUGUCCUCCGAGAUCCGCCGGCUCCCAAAGAUGCACACCACAGAGAAUGCCGGCCACGCAUGAUCGCUGAGGUUGAACAUCCCUCGUCCGCUGUUCGGGAUGCCCGAUAUCGCCAUCCCCAACGUCCCGUUGAUGUUGGUCUCGAUGCGUUGGAUGUCUUUGCGUUUGACUUUGUGAAACUUGAGUGUCGGGGGUUUGGGUAUCCGGGCCUUGAGCGCCGCCAACUCGUCGUCUGUGAGCUGCGAUGGCGGAGGGUCCGUGGAUGGACUCGUCGAUUCCUUGGGUCGUUGCCUACGCAAUCCAUCCAUGCAUGCGUGUUCUCCAACUAUCGGCUAUACA